AUGAAGUCCACCACUUUGAUUCCUCUUUUCACCCUGAUUCUAGGCGCCUCUGCCUAUUUCACCUGCCAACAAGACAAGGACGCAAGCGGUCAGAAAAUAGACCCUUUCGAAUACCGUGACCAUCCUGGAUAUUGCGUUGGACAUGGCGGUUCAGAUGAAGGCCGUAGCUCAAAAUGCGAUACUACAUUUGCGUGCUACUCCGAUGGCAAUGGAUGUACCCCAUUUAGACCGGGUGGUGCAUACUGCGGAAAGCUUUAG